GUCAGUAGGUCAUUGUGUUCGGGUAGGUCUAAGUGGUGAGGAGUGGGACUCUUGUCGUGCACCUGACAUCACGAUGGACGACUAUCCGAUGUAUGGGUUGCUUGUGGGGUUCUCCCUCUGGGGGACCCUUUGGCGUCUCCUCUUUCCUCUGGGGUUCUGGCACCUUCACGUGUAGAGUCGAUACCCGGGGUGGUGCCUCCACCAAGCCAUACACGAAGGAGGAGGAGGCGAAGAUGGCCGCCAUUCUGCAGGAGAGGCAGGCGAAGGAGGAGGCCAAGAAGAAGGUCGUGAAGGAGGAGCAGGCGGCCAAAUUGAAGAAGAUAGAAGAAGAGAUGGCCAAAGAGAGGGAGAGAAUACAGAAAGAAGAAGAAGAGAAGUUGAAAGAGGUGGAAGAGGAGGAAGAAGAUGAAAUGCCACUGCAGAGGAAGAGGGGGCAGUACAGUGGUAGUAGGGAUGAGGAGAUGGAAAAGCGGAUCUCAGAGUGGGUCGCCAACUUAUCCCUGGGCGAAGAAGAAGAGGUGGCGAUGUAUAUCUCUAAAGAUGAUCAGGAAGCCGCUAUGAGAGCUUGGGAAGCAGAAAAAGAUGUUGUAAAGCGGCAGGCAAUGGAAGAUGAAAAGAGGAUGGAAUGGAAGUUGGCCGUGAUGAGGGAGAAGAAGAGGAGAGUGGACGCGGCAGCGGAGGCGGCAGAAGAAGAAGAGGAGAGUGGACGCGGCAGUGGAGGCGGCAGAAGAAUUAGAGGAGGCGUCAAAGCGGCAAUUCCCAAGGAGGAGGAAGCACGUCCUCUUCGCCGGGAACCGGUCAAAGUCAAAUCCCCUGAUUCCUAUAGUGGAAAACGGGAAGAAAACUUUGACAACUGGGAGGCCAAUGUCAAGACCUAUGUGCAUCUGCAACAGGUCUCCCCGGAUCAGCAGGUUUUAAUCGCGAUCCACGCGCUUAGGGAUGAGGCCGCCAGCUUUGCAAGGUCCCUAGUUCGCGCUGCCAAUUGUAGUGACGAUCCAGUUGCGUACUCCUCGUUCACUUCCCUCACUGAGUUCUUGAAAUUGCUGCGCGAGAGGUUCGCUGAUGUCGCCCGUAGCGCGUAUUUCCGCCUAGAGAAGGAUGGGAAAGUGGAAAAGGUUCUCCACUCCCCGACUCUCCUCGUAGAGGAUAGCCUCCCAUUUGAUAUUGUCCUGGGAAUGGAUUGGGGAGAGGCAGCCGGGGCCACACUCCAUCUGAAGGAGCACGAGUGUAGGCUCCCUAACUCUUCAGGCGAGGCUAAGAUUGCCUGCCUGUUCCAUGUGUCCGAAGUAGAGAAUUCCUUGGCACAUUGCUGUCUUAGUGCUCAUGCGUUCGCCAGGUUGGUGAAGAAGGAGAAAUUGGAGGAACAGGUUUUUGUUGCCUAUGUUAGGUCAGUGACUGAGCCUACGGAAGAAAGGCCGAUGGACCCUGCGAUUGCCAAGCUGCUGGAAGAGUUUAGAGAUUUGACUGAGCCGCCGAAAAGCACGGUGUCGCGGCCCAUCCAGCACCGUAUUGAGAUAGAGCCUGGCAGUAGAACUCCUAAGGGUGCGGUGUACAAGAUGUCCCCGCGGGAGUUAGAGAAGCUUCGCAAGCAGUUAGACGAGCUCCUCGAGAAGGGUUGGAUUAGGCCCAGUUCGUCUCCUUUCGGAGCGCCCAUCCUCUUUGUUCCUAAGAAAGAGGGAGAGCUGAGAAUGUGCAUAGACUAUAGGGGUCUGAAUGCUAUUACGGUAAAGAAUGUUGAGCCACUGCCUAGGAUAGACGAUCUCUUAGAUCGAGUGCAGGGGGCGAAGUAUUUUUCCAAGAUAGAUUUGAAGUCCGGGUAUCAUCAAAUAGAGGUGCAUCGUGAUGAUCAGUAUAAGACAGCCUUCCGGACUAGAUAUGGACACUACGAGUUCAUAGUGAUGCCCUUUGGACUAAGCAAUGCGCCAGCUACGUUCCAGUGCUGCAUGAACUAUUUGUUUAGGUCGUGGUUAGACAAGUUUGUCGUAGUUUACCUAGACGACAUCCUAGUGUUUGGCCGGACCCUUGAAAAGCAUCAGGGUCAUCUCAGGCAGGUCUUGGAGAAGCUGAGGAAAGCUAACUUCAAGAUCAAUGCAAAGAAGUGCGAUUGGGCGAAGACCCAAGUUUUGUACCUAGGCCACGUCUUAGACGGAGACGGCGUUAAGCCAGAGGAUAGCAAGAUCGCAACGAUUAGAGAUUGGCCCACGCCACGUACGCUGACAGAGUUGCGCUCGUUCCUGGGCUUAGCGAAUUACUACAGGAAGUUCGUGAGGAACUUCUCCACCAUCGCUGCGCCCCUUCACAGAUUGCUGAGAAAGGAGACAAUCUGGAAGUGGGACAAGGACUGCAUGUCUGCCAUGAAGAAGCUAAAGCAGGCAUUGAUAGAGUAUCCAAUCCUUAAAGUCGCCGAUCCAUCCUUGCCUUUUGUUGUCACGACCGAUGCGAGUCAAUACGGCAUAGGCGCGGUGUUACAGCGAGACAAUGGCAAUGGGUAUAGACUCGUAGAGUUCAUGUCCGCCAGGAUGCCUUCAGAGAAGGUCGCGAUAUCUACUUAUGAGAGGGAACUCUACGCUCUCAGGCAAGCAUUAGACCACUGGAAGCAUUACUUGCUUGGGAGACACUUCAAAGUCUAUUCUGACCAUGAAACGUUACGAUGGUUAAAGACGCAGGCCAAGAUGACACCUAAACUUACUAGGUGGGCCGCAGAGAUAGAUCAGUACGACUUUGAGCUCAAGCCUGUCAAAGGGAAGUAUAAUGUAGUUGCGGACACUCUGAGUAGAAGAGCUGAUUACUUCGGGGCAAUAGUGCGCUACCUCGAUAUAGGGAAGGAUCUGCAACAGAAGGUCACAGACUGGGCCUGGUGUCCACAUCAAGAGUGCUGCUCCAGAAGUCUGCAAAUCCAGRUGCCGGCCACUGGGACAGCRUGGUGGCCAACCAGCUGCUUAAUCUCCUCAAACUGUGCUGCAGCAGGCCAUCGUCCUCGUGUGCUUGCCAUUAGAUCCUUUAUCGCCGGCGAUGCGCAGGAGCCACAGAUCAUCAACAUGCCGGGCAACCCAAAUGCAGUUAUCGAAUGCCUAGAGUCUUUGAUGCCUGCACUCCCUCAUGCUCUCAAGCAGUUGAGGGGCGACAAGAAAGAGAAACACCCUCGGCAUGUGGCACAUGACGCUUCUCCCGAGGAAUUCAGCAUCUGGCUUAGUACAGUAAACAGCCAUGGUAAGGCUGUGAAAGGAAUGAAGGAAGAAAAGCAAGACAAGGAGGAUGAGAAAAGUAGCAAGGAGAAAAAACGAGAAAAGCGGGACAGGAAGGAGAUGGAAGAGGAACAGAAAGCAGAAGAGAAGGAGAUGAAGAAGAAGGAGAAAAAGGAGAAGAAGGAGAAGAAGGAACUCGAGAAGGAGUCGGUGAAGGAGAAGAGCGAUCACAAGAAGGACAAGGAGUCUUCAAAGGAAAAGAAAGAACACGAAAAGGAGAAUACAGACGCGAAGGAGUCAGCGAAGGAGAAGCGCGAUCACAAGAAGGACAAGGAGUCUUCAAAGGAGAAGAAAGAACACGAAAAGGAUAAGAAAGAGCAUGAAAAGGAUGCCAAGGAGAAAAAGGAUCAUGAGAAGAAGGAAAAGAAAGAGUUCAAGAGGGAGAAGAAAGAGCAGGAGAAGGAAAAAGACCCUGAAAAAAAAGAUGCAGAGAAAGAAGCUAAGGACAACAAGGAUAAGGAUGGCAAGAAAGGUGGGGCAAAGAAGAAAGUGAAGAAAGUUCACGAGGAGAAGGCCAUGUCCAGAAUCAAAGAUGUCAAGGCGGAAGCCAGUGGCCAAGGGUCUACAGCUGAGCUGACGACCCCAUUAGAAAGUCCGCAAGGACAAGAUUAUCCACUGUCAGACAAAGCACAAGGGUUAGACAAUGAAGGUAUAGAGAAAACGGAAGAUACAGAGGGAAUAGAAGAGGACGCAAAGGUAGUAGUAGGCGUAGAAGGCAAAGAGAGAACAGAAGAUGCAGAGUUAGGCGUAGAAGAAACCUGCACUUCGAAAGGAGGAGAGGAUGAUGCCUAUUAUGUGAAUGGCGGAGAGAUACACAGUGUUGAGGAAGAGACGGAAGACAAGUCGGAUCAUGCAUCUCCGGGGUACUCUGCUGACGCUAGUGCCAGGUCAGAAGGAUGUGGUGAGAUGGAAGGACCAAACGGAGAUGGGACCAAGGGGACGGAUAGGGCCACAAGUGUCGAGGUGCAGACCGAAAACAUGUGUGUACAUCUGGGGGACCCGAAGGACGAGGACAAUGGGCAUGAGGAGGACAAGGAUUGGGAGAAAGUCGGAUCGUUUCAAAGCCCCCGCACAGUUCAAAUUGUGGAUGGGAAGGAUAAGUCGGCCGCCUGUAAGACAGAAUCAGGUCAAUGUCCUUGCUAGCGACGAAGUCAGCAGAUUGUGUGGUCAAGGGCUUACAGAAAGAGACAGGAGACAGGACAAGAGUGGUGGGCUGUGGAGGCAGUUAGUUACGAGACUGAAUUCACCUUAUGCUGGUUGUCAGGGUCAGUGAGAGAGUAUAAGCACACAUUGCUUGUGAGUUUGAGAUUUGUACCUUUAGUAGCGGGCAAUCAAAAUUUUGCAUGUCGGCAGUGUUAUGAGUGAAACCCAGUGUGUUUUUUGCUGCGAAUGUGCGGUUACUGUCUCCUUUGUGUUGUAUGUCAAGUGCAGCAGCCAGUAGAAUGGAGAAGGAAACAAGGUGAGAGCCUCUUGCAUCUAGGUGAAUGUAGGUAGCGUAGCAAAAUUAUUGGCAAUAUGCUCUCUCUUCUGUUGUGCGAGCGAUGAGAAAUCCGAUGCAGAAGGCACUGGAUCUUGUACCUUAGCCCAAAGACUGUGGACGUGGAGGAUUAGGUACCUUAUCCCCUCAAAGGUAGUGGAUGUGCCAGAUUCCCUAUUUUUUGUUGUGGAUGUGCCAGAUUCCCUAUUUUUUGUUAAGUGACUAUCUUUGAGCACUGCUUGUGGUUGAUGGUGGGUUUGUUAGAGGACCUGCUUUUCCCGACUCUCCAGGGGGGUUGGCAGUGGCCUUGUGUUUCUUUACACACUGUGUGGGCAAUAUACUCUCUUGCCUAUUCUGGCAAGGAUUGGAUACCGUGUUCCAAAGGGAGCAAAUGCAGCAGAUCUUCGAUUACUAAACGCACUGUCUUCAAGCACUUCUCCGCGUGGCGUUGAUGGCGGAUGUUGCAGUGGACCCGGUGCAUUGUGGGGCUCCUCUGAACCUGCUUGUUGUAGGAUGUGCCUGCUACGGUUACAAGUUAACGUGCCUUUAUCUACUUAGAGAUGGGGUUUCCAAGCAGGCUCUCACCAAAUUACUCCAAGCUGUAUGCAGCAGCAUAGUCAAUAGUCUCUGGGACAAUUGACUAUAUCUGCCAUCUUCUUCACCUUCACGGGAAUAGAGAGCGUACUCACACUAGGGAUUUUUGUACUACGCUCUGGACGUGAUUACUGUCAGAUUUCUCCAGGUCUUGCCGUAAUUGCGGUCAGAUUCAUUUGGGAAAGUGCUAGUGUGAGUAUGCCGUGAUACUAUAUACGUGAUGUUGCCAUCUUAUCUUUCCAUUCAUGCCAGUAGCCAAUAGUACGGGUGGCCAGUUCAGAAUCCGCCACGCCAAAUUUGGUGUAUAGUUCCUACUUGGGGGGGAGAUUCAUAGUUAGCAACGAUUCGGUAUUUUGAAAGGCAGACUGCCAGAAGCAUUGGGGGUAAUCUGAGAUUCGGGACAUUAUGCGUCAAGAGGUUGGGGAUGGUAGGUUGUUGUUAGAGAUGUAGGGGCUCUAGAGAGGUCUAGUCUCACUCAUCUAGGGGGUAUGCGGUUACUGUGUGUUCCCCUGCCUGGGAGCUCAACUGUUUGUGAGGAGAUAUGUAGCCCACUCCGAUGAUGUGGCACGAAGAUGCUGGCAAGGCACAUAACACAUUGUGAGCGUUAAACCGCCAGUACACGGCCCCAGCCUGCUGAAAAGAAAACGUGUCGCCUACGGAGGCCCAGCACCGUAGAUAUAUUGAAUCGGUGGCGGGCGGCCUCCAAAAGGGGCCCGCGGUGGAUAGCUCGAUGUACUGGUGGUUUAUUAAGGUGCUAUCCCUUCGAGCUUGUAGAUAGAUAAAGUGAGGGAACAAAAGUUACGAAAUGGUUGGGUGUCAACUUCACAAUGCCUUGUUCACUGUCCAUUGACCAGCUGUCGCCUGAUUUGGCCAGGUUUGGGAAUAAUGUAGUAGGAGGCUACUAGGAGCCCAAUUUACUAGUCGUCAUCUCGAUGCCUGCCUCCCUGGCACUGGAUCCUCCAUCCCGAGUUUGCACGGUGUUUUUGUAGUUGAGGACUGCGUUGGUAAGUCGUUGCAUGGUCAAAGCACUUGUAUGAGGCAUGGUACCUUUUCGAUGCUCAUUUGUGAAUCCUUUCCCCCAAGGAAAGAGACAGACAACAUGCUGUUUUUUUUGGGGCGGGGGGGAGGAAGAUCAUGUUGGUUAGAGUGGAGAGUCUAUGCGUUACAAUUGGAACGAUACAGAGAAGAUUAGCAUGGCCCCUGUGCAAGAAAAAGAAAGAAAAAGAGUGGAGAGUUGAUGCCUUCUGCCAAAAAGAUGGGGGUGUUCAGCAGCAGUGGCGGCAAACUGGUUUGCAGACAAUAAUUUUGACCAAGCUUUCUGACAAGUUGAAUUCAUAGGAGAUAACCCACCGUGAAUCUGAAGGAUCCUGAUGACCGAGGGGCGGCAACAUCUAUUACUUCCACCAGAAUAUGGCCUGUGCUAGUGUGGUGUUAUCAAAUUUAAGAGGUAAGAGGGGUGGACGGGUGUGCAACGACAAUAAUCUUGGGUGGGGUUUUUCAGGAGAGAUGUUCUCAGGAAAAGUGAUAGCCAUCCACAAUAUUCUUGGGCGCAUUUUUCAGGGGAGAGGAGAAAAAAAAUAGAGUAGAGAAUCGAUAUAAUGGCCAGCCAGAGUUUAAAAGAUGGCCCAUGGAUGUGUAUUACGUAGCAUUUCUUCAGAAAUGGCUUCUCUGACUUAUGGAUAGGUUUGCUUAGCCAGAGCUUAAAAGAUGGCCCAGGGACGUGUAUUAGUUAUGUAGCAUUUCUUCGUAAAUGGUUUCUGUGAACGAGGCGGAAACUUACUGAUAGGUUUGCAUAAUUCUUGUGGAAGUAUAUGACGGCAAGGAAGGAAAGAUGGAUGCCUUUUGUGCAAAAAAAUGUGGGUAGCACGGAGGUGAAAUAUGUAAGACUGUCCGAUUCUAUCAAUGCAACAUCAUGCUUUGUGUGAAAAUAUGUUUGAGCAUGGCAAAUGAAAACCCAAAGUCACA